AUGUCUGGAAGGCUGUGGUCCAAGGCCAUUUUUGCCGGUUAUAAGUGGGGUCUCCGGAACCAGAGGGAGCACACAGCUCUUCUUAAAAUUGAAGGUGUUUAUGUUCGAGAUGAAACUGAAUUCUAUCUGGGCAAGAGGUGUGCUUAUGUGUACAAAGCAAAGAACAACACAGUGACUCCUGGUGGCAAACCAAACAAAACCAGAGUAAUCUGGGGAAAGGUAACUCAUGCUCAUGGAAAUAGACGCAUGGUUCAUGCUAAAUUCCGAAGCAACCUUCCCGUUAAGGCCAUUGGACACAGAAUUCAUGUAAUGCUGUACCUCUCAAGGAUUUAA